AUGACCCGAGCCGCAGAGCGAGGCCACGGGGCUGCAGGCUGGGGGCUGCGCGGCGCCUUGGUGGCCGUAGCGCUGCUGUCUGCGCUGAACGCCGCGGGCACCGUGUUCGUGCUGUGCCAGUGGCGAGGGCUGAGCGCGGCGCUGCGGGCGCUGGAGGCGCAACGCGGCCGGGAGCAGCACGAGGACAGCGCCCUACGCGCCUUUCUGGCGGAACUGAGUCGUGCAUCUGGCCGGGUCCCCGAACCACCCCAGGACCCCACGAGCGCAGCGCGCAACAAGCGCAGCCACAGCGGAGAGCCUGCGUCACACAUCCGCGCCGAGAGCCAGGACAUGAUGAUGAUGAUGACCUACUCCAUGGUGCCGAUCCGAGUGAUGGUGGACCUGUGCAACAGUACGAAGGGCAUCUGCCUUACAGGACCACCUGGCCCACCGGGACCCCCAGGAGCUGGUGGGUUACCAGGCCACAACGGAUCAGAUGGACAGCCUGGUCUCCAGGGCCCAAAGGGCGAAAAAGGAGCAAAUGGGAAGAGAGGAAAAAUGGGGUUACCCGGAGCCACGGGAAGCCCAGGAGAAAAGGGAGAAAAGGGAGAUGCUGGAGAACUGGGCUUGCCUGGAAAUGAGGGCCCGCCAGGGCAGAAGGGUGAAAAGGGAGACAGAGGAGAUGUGUCUAAUGACGUGCUGUUGACAGGUGCCAAAGGUGACCAAGGACCCCCUGGCCCACCUGGACCCCCAGGGCCUCCAGGCCCUCCUGGAAGCAGAAGAGCCAAAGGCCCUCGGCAGCAAAACAUGUUCAACAGCCAGUGUCCAGGUGAGACGUGUGUCAUCCCGAAUGAUGAUACGUUGGUGGGGAAAGCUGACGAGAAAGUAAAUGAACAUCAUUCUCCACAAACAGAAUCCAUGAUCACUUCCAUUGGAAACCCAACCCAAGUACUAAAAGUUAGAGAGACUUUUGGGGCUUGGAUAAGAGAGUCUGCUAACAAAAGUGAUGACCGUAUCUGGGUGACUGAACAUUUUUCAGGCAUCCUGGUGAAGGAGUUCAAAGACCUGCCGGCACUUCUCAAUGGCAGUUUCACCCUCACCCACCUCCCGCACUAUUUCCACGGCUGUGGGCAUGCUGUUUACAACAACUCCCUCUACUACCACAAAGGGGGCUCCAACACCAUCGUGAGAUUUGAAUUUGGCAAAGAGACACCUCAAACUCUGAAGCUUGAAAAUGCUUUGUAUUUUGAUCGAAAAUACCUCUUUGCAAAUUCCAAGACUUACUUCAACAUAGCAGUGGACGAGAAGGGCCUCUGGAUUAUCUAUGCUUCAAGUGCGGAUGGCUCAAGCAUCCUUGUAGCACAGCUGGAUGAGAGCACAUUCUCUGUGUUGCAGCACAUCAACACCACAUACCCUAAAUCCAAGGCUGGCAACGCCUUCAUAGCUCAAGGAAUCCUGUACGUCACGGACACCAAAGAUACGAGGGUCACGUUUGCCUUUGAUUUGUUGGGAGGAAAACAGAUCAAUGCAAACUUCGCUCUCAGAAUGUCGCAGUCUGUUCUUGCCAUGUUGUCAUACAACAUGAGAGAUCAGCACCUGUAUUCGUGGGAAGAUGGCCAUCUGAUGCUCUAUCCUGUCCGGUUUUUGUCGGCAGCAUCAAGCAGCCGGUAG